GCCAGGCGACGUUUUUUUGCCUGAAAGUAUUUGCAAACAUUUACCCUGGCUUAAAAGAAUGGCUCUUUUGUUCUUCCUCCGUGUGCAAAACCAGAUUGGAGAGGCAUGAUGUCAAAGCAACACAGGAGGAAGACAAAUGGUAGCUCGAUGCAGACUCCAGAAGGGUGGUUGAAGCCGUCCCGCAUCACCGCGUUUCCUGGGCCGAAGGCAGGUUUGGAUCGGGUCGCCCGCUCUCGGCCCUGACGUUCCUCCGAAACAAGCCCCGAACGCUGACCCUGCGUGGCUCCCCGACCCCGUCUUUGCGGCUGAAUAACAAAAACAGUGACGUCGGAGAGCUCCAGGUUAUAAACAGCAACAUGGAAAGUUUGCAUUGUGUGGGCUGGCAUCUCAGAAAGCCACGAAGGCAAGUUGGAUGUGGUCCAAGGGAAGGGUUGAAGAAAGAGAGGAAGAGGAGGAUGCCGAGAUCAACUUGAGAGAAUGCGUCCCGAUGGCUCUCCCUUCUGCCUUGGGGCGGCCUGAUGACUUUUCUUCCCGCUGGCUGAUCUGAGAUGUUUUCCAAGCGAAAGACCCCCAACAUCCAACCCGCUUGCCCCAACGUGCUGACCCCCGACAGAAUCCCCUCGUUUUUUAUCCCACCCAACCUCGCCACCCUGCAAGGCCGGCGUUCAGCCGGGAGCCCCGGAGCAAGCGAGGCCCCAGCCCCGCCUUCCAAAAACGGGGGCAUCGCGGUGCAGGAGGGAGGCCGGGCCAGGGCACGACUCCGGGGCGCUUCCUCCACGUUCCAGCUCCCGAGCCCGGUCGGUUUGGUGUAUCUGCCAGAAAGCCCCAACACGUGGCGGCGGGAAUCGCUGUUCCACAGUGGGCCCCUGCCCCGUCGGUUCCAGGGGGGCUGGCUCUCCUCCCCACGCACGAGGCCCCUUUCCCAGCCCAGUCGGGGUCCGGACAGUGACACCGCCUCUUCCACCGAAACGUCCCCGAAUAAUUCCCCGCUGCCAUCGUGUCCUCUCGGCGGCCUUCUGCCUGGCCAAGGCAGCGGGCACCGUCGGCGACUGGCAUGCCGUUCCGCCCACGCCGGUGCGGCCCCGCGGCCAAGCUCCUUCUCCACGGGGGAGACCAGUUCCACAGACACCAGCCCCUCCUGCCUGCGCCGGGAGAUGGAUGCCCCCUGGGCCGUGCCCCGUUUCCCCCUGGACUUGAUCCGUUGCUGCCAGCGCCUCACCAAAGAGGUGACGCUGACGGUCAGCCAAGGCGGCCGGCUGCGCCUCUCCAGCGAGUAUCUCCAACCGCAAAGGAGCCUCCGGGUCCGGCUGGUCAGCGCCGAAGGCUUCUACCCACCCCACGGCGACCCUCGGCACAUCCACUGCUGUGUCGCCCUGCAGCUGCGCCCGGGCCUGGGCCAAAGGCAGCGCAGCGCCAUCGUCAAGAGGAGCCGCAACCCCAUCUUCAACGAGGACUUUUUCUUCGAGGGGGUCCCUCCGGAGGAUCUUCCCCGGCGCAGCCUGAGCAUCAAAGUCCUCAACAAAGCCUGCAGCCUGCGGCGCGACGUGGUGCUGGGCGAGUGCGACGUCCCGUUGGAUUCUCUGUUGCCCUGAACGGGGGGGCGGUCCUGGCAGAGGAGGGGCCGGUGGGCUGGGAAUGGCACCGAUGUCCUCCUGGAUGGCAGGAAGGGCAACAGCUGGUUCUCCGUCUCCUCGCCAGUUGAGGGAGAUACUGGGAAUGGGCCCCCAUCCACCUCUGGAGGGCCUCUGGAGGAUUCUGGAUCUGGGCCACGGCCACCAGGGGGAGCUCUGCGGCCCUGGUCACCGCUGCCCCCUUGAGGCAGAAGGCGGUACAGCAGGGGCUGGUUUGAGAUGGUACACAGGGAGCAAGGAGGCUCCAUCCGGCUUCAAUUCAAGCCACCUGUUUAGGCCCUGGCGGCAAACUCCGCAGCGGGGAGGCCAACCCAGAAUGGUGGUGUGGCAGCCGAAAUGCCAACGUUUCCCCCCCAGUCUUGCAGGGGGUUGGACCGGCAUUAAAUCAAGGGUUGGACUAGAUGACCUUGGCGUAACCCAAGCCUCUUUCAUCCAGCUGAUGCCCUUCUUGAAGCCCGAAUGAGUCGAUUCCUUUCCAGAAACUCCACCUUCUGUUGAAAGCCUUUUUCCCGGUCUGAUUUCACGUAAAGUUGUUCUGUGUGUGUGUUGAAGUAACAAAUGGGAACUUUGGGCUCCAUUAAAGAUACAAACCUGGAUUCACAUGGAGGGUUUUGAUUGUUCGCACCCGGUUGGGCUUUCUUGGUCGCUGAAAUGGGAUACUCUGUGGUUUUUUAACCAACUUUUAUACAGCUGCCCAAUUCGAGUGUCCGACGUGGGCCACCAGGGGGCAGCCUUUCUCUUCGGAGCGCCUCGCGGGUGCCAGGCCGCCCCCAGCCACCAGGGGGAGCCCUUUGGCCUGUACUUUUUUUCCCCUCCCUCUAUGGCAGACUCGCAAACCCUCAAAGCGGGUUGCAAAGCGAAGUCGCAACCGAAUGCGAUAAAAGCAAGGAACGGCGGAUUAACUCAUACAAAUGCGCGGAGUCCCAUCAUUUGCAUUUGGGAGGAGACUCCGGACGCCCCCAGUUCGCUUUGAAAGAUCAUUUUCCCUGCCUUUCCCCGUUGCAAUGCCCAGCCCAGCCACAGGAGGACAUCGCUUGGCCCCGGGGAUGCUUUGCAAGGCUUAGAAAGGGACUUUUCAUUGUCACGCCUUUUAUUUCAGAUUCCUUCUUCCCUGUUUCUGAUGUGGCCAAGCCCCCAAAAGGAACAAGGAAUCGUGCGUAAAUCUGAAUUUUGCCCGGUUUUUUGGGGACCAGUUUAGGGAACGCCUGCCAUUCCCGGUCCCACCACAGGGGGGCGCGCUGAGACCAGCAUUCUCGUUAUUCCAGAUUCCCUGGGAAAAAUCAAUGAUUUUCCCUCUUGUAUCCCUGGCAAAUAUGUUGAGCCCCACAUGCCCUCUUCCCUUCCUGCACCUGACUGGUUUGCUAACUUUUAAUUAGGGAAAGUACGAUCGGGAUAGCUCCCCACCUCCAGAACUGGAAUAUCUUAGAUUUAUUCUGAGCAGCACUGAGGACUAGUAUCAUGAUGGUCCUCCCUUUAGCAAACAUAUGGUGGGCCUACGGGUUCAGUUGCAAUGGGGUUGAGCUCAGGAACAAUGCAUUCCCCCAAAAGAGAAUAUCUGUUUGGCCCUGAGAGUUAUAAACAGAUAGCUCUCAGAUUGAAAAUAA